AUUCAUUCAUUCCUGACAAAUGUGCUAUAAAGAUUAUUUGUACAUUUUUUUGGUAUCAUAUUGUUCUUCUUAUGGUCACAUAAGUGUUCACCGAAACAAUUGCCCAGUCGCUACAUUCUCUGAAACUGUGUUAAUAGACUUAGGCUUUCAUGUUCUAGUAUUAGUAGGUUUCGAUGUUCAGCUUCUUUUCACACAACGGACAGCAGGUGGCAGUGAAGCGCUAACAUACGCUGAGCUUCCGCGAGACAGUUCGCCGAGGCAUAGCAAUAUUUAUUUGUACCAUUUAGUUUCUGUCUCUCAAAAUCUGUGUAUUUACGCAGUGUAUAAUUCAUGAUAACUUUUCUAUUACAACCAAUUUAUUCUCUGUGUAUUUUAAAUAAACGAAUAUUUAACAAUUAUCCUAUCUGACGCUGUUGUAUAUCAGAUACCCACUCUAUGUAACGUUAGCCUGUUAGCUUCUUAGUUUUCUUAUUAACACGCUUUAAUUGUAAUGCACUUUUUAGUAUUUUAUCACUCUAAAAGAAGUGUUAUUCCUAAAACGCGUUAACCGUUUUCUUUAAACAGCCAGCUCAUAGUUUGCACAUAUUUUGCUUUUAUAUGCAAACAGCGUCUCUUUUUCCUAUUUUUGUGCAAAAUUAGGAACCAAAGAUGACCUCAAAAACGAAAGGAGUAUGCCUCCACAGUCAGACGGAUCGUCCAGUCUAGCAGCAUGAACAUGAAAGACAGACUUACUAUAGAGUUACAUGCCGAUGGUCGCCAUGGGAUUGAUUGUACGUGUGGAUCGUGUCCCUUUAGCAUGUAAAUUAGUGGAUUUACCCUGCAUCCUGGAGUCAUUAAAAACGGUUGACAAAAAGACCUUCUAUAAGACUGCUGAUAUCUGUCAGAUGCUGGUAUGCACACUGGAUGGAGACCUGUACCCCCCUCUAGAGGAGCCCACAGGCACUACAGACCCCACAAGCAAAAAGAAAGACAAGGACAAAGACAAGAAAUUUGUUUGGAACCAUGGCAUUACGCUUCCUCUGAACACAAGGAAGAGGCGGUUCAGGAAGACAGCAAAGAAGAAGUACAUCGAGUCUCCUGAUGUGGAAAAGGAGGUGAAGAGGCUCUUGAGCACAGACGCCGAAGCCGUCAGUGUUCGAUGGGAGGUGAUUGCUGAGGAUGAGGCCAAAGAACCUGACAACAACUUAUCUCUCUCCAACUUGGAGUCUUCACCUGGAACCUCGGGACACAAGGGUCACGGCUCGUCAGUCCAACAUGACGAGCUACGCGAGAUCUUCAACGACAUCAGUAGCAGCAGCGAGGAUGAGGAUGAGGAGGGUGACCGACACGAGGAUGACGACCUUAACAUCAUGGACACUGAAGACUACAUGGUCAGGCAGCUCCACGAGAAACUGAACGAGACAGACGGAAGCAGAGACGAGAAUGACCGCAACAGUCAGAUCGUAAUGGAGUAUCAGGUGCAGAUCAACAAUUUGAAGGCCAAGCUUCAGGACACACGUAACCGCAAGAAGGAACAGGAGAAAUUGAUAAUGGAGGUGGAAAAUCAAGCCCUGAGGGAUCGUUUCCUGGGCCUUUUGAAUGGUAUGAUUCAUCAAGAAGAGCAAGAGAUGGAACAGCUGGCCUCCCUUCAAGAGCAGCUGGACUCCCUGAUCGAGAAGUGAUGCCCACGAUUACCAAGAUACUGCAAUACUGCAGAGGCGACUGCUGAACACAUUACCGACUUUACUGCAUGUAUUAGCUAAAUUUGAACAAAAAAAGUGUCAACAUACUUGUGCUCAUCACACAAGUUUCAUCUCAUGCAAGAUUGUGUAUUUGUACUUUUUGUGAAUUUGUGUCUAUAAACCUUUAGUUA